CAUGAGAGACCGCUUGUACUAGCUAGUAUGAUAACAUCAGCUAGUCUAAAUUGGCUGGCAACAUGGAUGAGCUGGUAGACUAGCUAUGCUAGCGUUAAAUAGCUUCGCUUUCUGGAACUGUAGUGACAGCCGAAUUGAACCUAGUCAAGUUAGCAAGCUAGUGAUAGCUGGUUCCUGAGCUAACGAUAUGUUGAAGUAAAAUGAUAUGCCUGUUUGUUUGGGAUAGCUGAAUUCGCCAUUUAAGUCAGCUACAUUGCAAACUAGCUAGCGAGCUUGACAGCUAGGUAGCGAGCUAAUUUAGCUUGCUUGUCAGAUAUAGCUAGGGUAUAGUUAUGUAGCUAGUUCUAGUUAGUUAACUUGGUUAGACUAUCUUGCAACCUUGUUGAUGUGAACUAACCUUAGCUAGUUGUUGAUCUAUUUUAGCUAGCUAACGUUAACUUUAUUGCUUUGCCUGCCUUUGCUAGCAUUUAAUUUUGUAAACGUUCCCUGUGGCAAUGUUAACAUUGUGUUCGCUAGCUAACCAGUUGUAGGUAGAUUUUUAUGGUGUGUAAAUUACCUUAUUAGCUAGCCAACAGGAUCAGUAUAACUGAUCAGUAUAACUAGGCCAGCAUAAGUUGUACUGUAGUCGUUAACAAGGUACAAGCGAGCUGGUCUGGUUUAUAACAGUUAAGUUAAGUUAGUUGUUUUGGUUCGAAAGUACUGAAACGUUGAGAAUGCAUUUUAAAUGUUUGGUGCAGGUUGUCUAGCUAUACCAGAUAGGAAGGAGUUUAACGUUAGAUAGUAAUAUUAGGUAGGACUAAAGGUAAAAUGCUGAAAUCAAAAUAUCGCAAUACUGUGAGCUAUCUCGGAAUCAAGCAACAACUUAUGAUGACAGCAGAGAUGAUGGAAGAGCUUCACAGUCUGGACCCCCGGAGGCAGGAGCUGCUGGAGGCUCGGUUCACUGGAGUCGGGGUGGCGAAGGGUCCAGGAAACAAUGAGUCAUCCAACCAGAGUCUGUGCAGUUUGGGAUCCCUGAGUGAUAAAGAGCUGGAGACCCCUGAGAAGAAGCCCAAUGACCAGAGGAACAGGAAGAGGAAAGGGGACCCCUUUGACUGCAGCCAAGGGAAAGGAGGAACAAGAGGCCAUAAAAUUAGCGAUUAUUUUGAGUUUGCGGGCGGCAGCGGUCCUGGGACCAGCCCGGGCCGGAGCAUCCCGCCGCUGGUCCGCUCUUCUCCUCAGCAUUCCCUCUCCAACCCGCCGGCCUCGGUGCAGCAGGGCAGUCCUUCGUCUACAGGCUCCGCACACACAGACCACUCCUCCUGCUCGGUGAAACCCGUCCUGCUCCACUUGUUCCACAAAGCAACACAGUCUGACCUCACGAUAGAGAAGCUCACGGCGUUGGAGAAAAACAAGAGCUCCGACCUGGAGAAGAAGGAGGGGCGCAUCGACGACCUGCUGCGGGCGAACUGCGACCUGCGAAGGCAAAUCGACGAGCAGCAGCGGAUGUUGGAGAGGUACAAGGAGCGGUUGAACAAGUGCGUGACCAUGAGCAAGAAGCUGCUGAUCGAGAAGUCGAAGCAGGAGAAGAUGGCGUGCCGGGACAAGAGCAUGCAGGACCGGCUGCGGCUGGGCCACUUCACCACCGUGCGGCACGGCGCCUCCUUCACCGAGCAGUGGAGCGACGGGUACGCCUUCCAGAACCUCAUCAAGCAGCAGGAGAGGAUCAACUCUCAGCGGGAGGACAUCGAGAGGCAGAGGAAGCUGCUGGCCAAGAGGAAGCCCCCCGCCACGGGCCCGGCCCCGCCGCCCAGCCUGGAGCCCAACAAGCGCAAGAGCAAGGCCAACGGCGCCGAGAGCGAAACGUUGACGCUUGCCGAGUAUCACGAGCAGGAGGAGAUCUUUAAACUGCGGCUGGGCCAUCUGAAAAAGGAGGAGGCGGAGAUUCAGGCGGAGUUGGAGAGGUUGGAGCGCGUGCGGAACCUUCACAUCCGUGAGCUGAAGAGGAUCCACAACGAGGACAACUCACAGUUCAAAGACCACCCCACGUUAAACGACCGGUACUUGCUGUUACACCUGCUGGGCAGAGGAGGCUUCAGUGAAGUCUAUAAGGCCUUUGACCUGACGGAGCAGAGGUAUGUGGCGGUGAAGAUCCACCAGCUCAACAAGAACUGGAGGGACGAGAAGAAGGAGAACUAUCACAAACACGCCUGCAGGGAGUACAGAAUCCACAAGGAGCUGGACCAUCCCAGAAUAGUCAAACUCUACGACUACUUUUCGCUCGACACUGACUCGUUCUGCACGGUUCUGGAGUACUGCGAGGGGAACGAUCUGGACUUCUACCUGAAGCAGCACAAGCUGAUGUCGGAGAAGGAGGGCCGCUCCAUCAUCAUGCAGAUCGUCAACGCGCUCAAGUACCUCAACGAGAUCCGCCCGCCCAUUAUUCACUACGACCUCAAACCCGGGAACAUUCUUCUUGUGAACGGUACCGCCUGCGGAGAGAUCAAGAUCACCGACUUUGGCCUCUCCAAGAUCAUGGACGACGACAGCUACAACUCUGUGGAUGGGAUGGAGCUGACGUCUCAGGGUGCCGGCACUUACUGGUACCUUCCCCCAGAGUGCUUUGUGGUCGGCAAGGAGCCGCCCAAAAUCUCCAACAAGGUGGAUGUGUGGUCAGCAGGUGUCAUCUUCUACCAGUGUCUCUACGGCCGUAAGCCGUUUGGACACAACCAGUCCCAGCAGGACAUCCUGCAGGAGAACACCAUCCUGAAGGCCACCGAGGUGCAGUUCCCCCCCAAACCCGUCGUCUCGCCCGAAGCCAAGGCCUUUAUCCGCCGCUGUUUGGCCUACCGAAAGGAGGACCGCAUCGACGUGCUCCAGCUAGCCAGCGACCCCUUCCUCAUGCCCCACAUCCGCAAGUCUGUGGCCACCACAGGCGUGUUCGGGACCGCCACGCCCUCCACCUCCAGCUCCUCCAACAGCAGCGCUUCAAACUAAGCCCCACGCCCAGCCCCUCCCUCAGCACCUCGCCGCGGAAUGCCCCCCCCCCCCCCCUUCUCCAGGGCCAGGGAAACGGAGACGCUCCGAAACUUGACCGAGCCAGAACCUCGCCCCUCCCCUCCUGCCCUGUAGGGUCGAAGUUCAGAGCUCGUCUCCCUCCCCCAAUGGGAAGAGAGGUGCUUAAGUUUUAACGGCUUGUUUACCACGGAAUGGAAAGCGGUCGGGGUGCGGCUGCUAAGACAGACUGUAAUAACCCCCCCCCCCACACACACACACACACACACACACACACACACACCCAAUUGGUUGGGUAUCUCCGCGGCCUCUUGUUGGUUGACCCGACGCCAGGACGGACUGAAAUUGCCUGCAGUGCCAGGGCUGAAGACCCCCAGACCUGUCCUGCUGGCCUCCAUUUGCUUUCUCUCGGAUGACCAAAGUUGAAGACUACCUGUUGGUGGAUCUGUUUGGUUUUAGUUUACGUUUUUAGCGUCGAGAAGGAACUUUUGGGAGAAAGAACUGUCAUAUUUCUCUGGGUUACAAGUGUCCUCUUUUCUAAAAAAAAAAUGUUCAAACCGACAUCAAACUGGAAAAUUUGAUAGUUCACUUUAUCAUACCUCCCCCUGCCCUGCCCCCACACAUAUUUAUUUAGUUCUGUUUUUAAUUUUUUGAUGAAUUCAAGGGGCCGGAAUAUCAGUGUGUGCUGUGAGGGGGACCUGGGCCUAAGCAGAGAAUUGCAUAUAAACCAUUAAAUAAUAUUGUUUAAA